AUGCUCCGCCUCCGAGGCCACCUCCUUUCCGCUGUCCGCGCCGCCUCGCCUCUCCCCGCCGCAUCCUUCUUCCCCCUCCACCGCCUCUUUCUCUACAGCACCACCAACACCACUCCCGCCUCUCAGUUCGUCGUGGAGGACUACCUCACCACCAGCUGCGGCCUGACGCCAGAGCAGGCCCGCAGGGCCUCUAGGUACCUGCCCAGUCUCAAGUCGCCCGACAAUCCUGACGCCGUCCGGGCCUUCCUCGCCGGAAUCGGCAUCUCCAAAGCCGAGGUCGCCGCCGCAAUCUCCAGGGACCCGCGGUUCCUCUGCUACAAGGUGGACAUAACCCUAACCCCCCGCAUCGCCCAGCUCCGCGACGUCGGCCUUUCCCCACCCCAGAUCUCCCGCCUCAUUUCCAUCGCCCCCACCAUCUUAGUCUUGCCCGGCUUGAUCCCCCGGCUCGCAUUCUACCUCUCUUUCUUGGGCUCCUACGACAAUUUGCACACCGCCCUCAGGAGGAGCAUGUACCUGCUCACUCAAAAUCUCGAGCGUGUUGUCAAACCCAAUUUGGCAUUCCUGCGACAGUCUGGCCUAACUGAUUCUGAUAUUGCCAAGAUCCUUUUGGCCACCCCGAGCAUGCUCGCAUUGGAGCUGGGGCGUGUCAAGGAAAUUUUGGAGUGUGCCGACUUGUUUGGUGUGCCACGCGAUUCUGCGAUGUUCAAGCACGCCCUCACGUCCAUCCACAAUAUUAGCCCUGGGAAGAUAAAUGCUAGGUCAGAUUUCUUGAAGAAGACUCUUGGAUGCUCUCAGGCUGAGUUGGGCGCUGCUGUGCGGAAGUUGCCAAACGUUCUGAAUUUUUCAGAGGGCAGGCUGACUCGUGUGGUAGAUUUCCUGAAGACAGAGGUUGGUCUGGAUUCCAAGUACAUAGUGCGUAGGCCAGCAAUCCUCGGCUAUAGCUUGCCAAGGCGUCUUAUGCCCCGGCAUCAUGUGCUAAAAGCUCUUAAGGCGAAGGGCUUGGUUGAGAAAGAUGUUGACUUUUACACAGCCGUUGCUCUGACUGAGAAAAAGUUUAUCAAGAGGUUUAUUGAUCCUUGCAAGAACAGCGCUCCAGGGCUUGCAGAUGCUUAUGCUGCUGCUUGUGCAGGCCAGGUUCCUCCUGUAAUCCAACCAUGA